GCCACAUCAGCCCCUUCAAUAGACCUACCUCCUGUCACACAAUAGCACAGAGGACUUUGGGCCGAACUGUGCGACCACUGCUUCCACUGAUCCUGGUCUCAGCGCUGCCUCCUCCAACUUUACAGUGAAAACCAUCAAAGUUGUGGUGAAGUCACUGUAAGAGUUUGUGGAGUCGUGAUGAGGGGAGCUGUCCUGUCAGUCCGCGGGUUUUGACGCCCACUGGGAGCUCGGUGGCUGCCUCCUCAGUCUGGAUGAAGCCAGUGUACACUGUGGCAUGUGGCUGGGAUUAGAACAUUUCACUGUGGAUUAAAAUCUUUUUCUUACAAAAAGAAAGGGGUCUGAAGUUCCUGCAGAGUCUGAGAUCCAGUGAGGACUUUGGGCCAGUGGUCUCACUGAGCGGCUCCAGGAUGUUCCAGCUGCUUCACGGUCACAUCCAGUCAGCUGAACACCGAAGCCACAAAGCCCGCCUGGUCACCAAGGACGGGCACUGCAACAUCGAGUUUGGUAACAUCGAAUACAGCAGUCACUUUGCGUACCUGGGGGACGUGUGGACGACCGUGGUGGAGAUCCGCUGGCGGUUUGUACUCCUGUUGUUUGUAGCGACGUUCACCGGCAGCUGGUUCAUGUUCAGCCUCCUGUGGUACUGGAUAGCAAAGAGCAACGGGGACCUGAAUGCACAAAACCGCACUGAUGGACAUGUCCAGUGUAUAGACAAUGUCAACGGCCUCACCACAGCUUUUCUGUACUCCUUAGAGACCCAGACCACCAUUGGAUAUGGUGGCAGGGCGCUUACCGGGCACUGUGCAGGCACGGUGGCUCUGAUCAUCAUCCAGUCCCUCAUCGGGGUCUUCAUCAACUGCUUCAUGUGUGGGGUCAUUUUAGCUAAGAUCUCCUUACCCAAAAAAAGGGCCAAAACUGUCACAUUCAGCGACACAGCCGUUGUCUGCUUAAGAAAAGGCAGUCUGUGUCUCCUGAUCAGAGUGGCCAACCUUCGGAAAACCUUAUUAAUCGGGAGCCAGAUCUAUGGUAAACUCUUAAAGACGACCACGGCACCAGAUGGAGACACCACCAUUCUGGACCAGGUGGAUAUCGACUUCAUGGUCGACACUGGAAAGGAUAACUUGUUUUUUGUUUGCCCGCUAACAAUCUACCACAUAAUAGACAGAUCUAGUCCGUUCUAUGAGUUAUCAGCCGACACGCUCCCACAACAGGACUUUGAGUUGGUGGUGUUUUUGGACGGAACUGCUGAGUCCACCAGCUCCUCCUGCCAGGUCAGAACAUCGUACAUCCCCCAGGAGAUCCGAUGGGGGUACAGCUUCCUCCCCAUCAUCUCCCGCACAAAGACUGGAAAGUAUUGUGUGGAUUUCUCAAACUUUUCUAAAAGUGUAAAAGUGUCUACGCCACACUGUGCCUACUGUUUUGAUUCCGAUGUGGACCACACAAACCCCCACAACCACACUGAAGAAAACCACAACAGUGAGCAGAAGGGGGGCAUCGACAAUCUGGGGUUUCAAGUGAUAGACAUUCAUGAGUCCGUGGACAUUACAAAUAUGUGAAAAAAUGAAAAGCAUGGAGAUACAAACAUACCAAAAAUUGUAAUCAGUUGCUUUGUGAAUCAUUAAUACAGUUUGGUUUGCAAAUGAA